UGGGCGGACGCCAUUAUUGUCUUCUAAAUAUCAGACACAAACCUUCUAAUCAUGGACCCCCGUACCAGUGCCCAAGACGUGAUGCGAUGCGACCUGUGUGAGACCGCUGUAGUACAGAUGCACUGUGAUACAUGUCUUGUCAACAUGUGUAAGGCCUGUGUGGGAGAACAUAUCUCAACAGAUGAAUCCAAGGAUCACAAAAUCGUCAAAUUUCAGUCCAGAAAAUCAACCCCCCUCUACCCUGGAUGUGCAACUCAUGAUAAAGAACGAUGUGAAAUGUACUGUAAACAAUGUGACAUUCCUGUUUGCAACACUUGCAUUGCAUCUGAUCAACAUCUUGGUCAUAAAUUUUUUACAAUUUUGCAAAUUCUGAAUGAAAAAAAGAACAAAAUAAUCAAAGAACAUACCGAAUUAAAAGAGACAAUUUAUCCCACCUACCAGGACAUUGCCUCUGAUGUACAAAACAGAAUGAGUCAGUUAGAAAAGGAAUAUGGAGAUCUCUCAACGGCCAUAACAAAACAUGGAGAGGACUGGCACAGAGAAAUUGACAAACUUGUCAAGAAACUUAAAGCUGAAGUGGAUGAAAUGAAAAAAACACAGUUACAAACUCUACAGAAACAUCUGGAUGAAAUAACCAAGACAAUGUCUGACAUCAGGGAUGAAAUUAAAGCAGUUAAUGCCACCAUAGACACUAAUGACUUGUCAAAACUGUUUGGGAAUAAAUUCAAUAUAGAGAGAUACCAAAUGCUUCCACAGAAAAUUGUGCCAUCUUUACCUAAAUUCUUGCCAGGGAAAAUUCAUGAAAAAGAACUUCAUGACAGGUUUGGAGCUUUAGAACUAAGUUCUCUUACUUCAGAUAAACAUGGGUACAGCAUGAAGACAGCACAGAAAUCACCAAAAGCUGGAUCCUCUCCUCCAGUCAAACAGCUGCUUGAUAAACCAGAGGCUGUCACCAUCAUACACACUGGGUAUAAAGACCUUUACCAUGUGGCCUGUCUAAGUGAUGAAGACAUCUGGACAAGUGGAGAUGAAAACAUCAUGAAACUCUUCAGCAUCAAUCUGGGAUCACUACUCAAGUCAAUCAGAACCAAGUCAGGGAACGAACCAUCUGACAUAGCAGUGACAAAAAGUGGAGAUCUAGUUUAUAUCGAUACCAAUGAUAGAACUGUGAACAUUGUGAAGAAUAUGAAGAUAAAGGAGGUGAUCAGACUACAGAACUGGAGACCUCGCGGUGUCUGUAGUACCUCCUCUGAUGACCUCCUGGUUAUCAUGGUCAGUGAUGAUAAAAAAACAAAAGUUGUCCAUUACUCUGGCUCCACAGAGAAACAAACCAUUCAGUUUGAUGAUAACGGUAAACCUCUCUAUUCAUCUGGUAGUUAUAUAACUGAGAACAGGAUCCUGGAUAUCUGUGUCUCUGACCGUGAAGCUGGAGAAAUAGUGGUGGUCAAUCAGGCCGGGAAACUGAGAUUCAGGUACACUGGACAUACUCCUGCUCCAAAGAACAAACCAUUCAGUCCACUAGGAAUCACCACAGACAGUCAGAGUCACAUCCUUACAGCUGAUGAUAACAAUAACUGUGUUCACAUCAUAGACCAGAAUGGACAGUUCCUCCGUUACAUAGAAUGUGGACUGAGUGGUCCAAUGGGACUAUGUUUAGAUACAAAUGACAAUCUGUUUGUUGCUCAGUGGAUAAGAAGACAAGUGAAGAAAAUCAAAUAUAUGCAGUGAUGUUAUUGUACUGUAUACCAUGGUAUAAUGUAGCAUUUUAAGGAUAAUACAAGUCAGUGCAUUCACAAAAGAAUGGUCUUACAUAUAGGUAGUCAUAUUCCUUGUUUGUCAAAGAUGAAUGUAUUCACAUGAGUUUGAUAUUAAUUUAACAUAUGUUUGAUAUCAAUAUAACAUUUUUUUUUCAAAAACUGUGUCUUAAAGUAAUCUUCUCUGAUUCAGCCUCACUAAACUUUGCUCAUAUAUAAUUUUAGAUAAGUCCAGGAAUACUACAUGUUUGUGUGUGCUAAAUCACUUGAGUUAUAACUUUUCUACAAACCUCUCCUGAAG